UGACUCUGUCAACAAGUCCUAUCUCCGAGGCUCCCGCAGCCACCAGAUAAACUACCCGUCUGGCUCGAUUCUACUAAUCGGCUUCGCUGCCCAUGACGAAGUAAGCGCAGAAUGCUAACGUGACGUACUGCAUCUUGUAUGGCAAAGUCGUAAUCGUGCUCUGUGCGCUCUGCCAGGGCACCGUAUACACCUCAGCUGGCGGCCGGCGUGCACGGCAUUUCUUCCCACUGCCUUCCUAGAACUUACCCAAGAAAGGAACACCAACCCUACAUAAAGUGCGACAAGUCACCAUAUUUCGACAGAAAUUAAAUCGCGGAGAGAAAUGGCAGAUCAAGAUAUUUGUACACCACGAAUGUCGGCACUUUCGCCCUUCCUGAAUCUGCCGGGCGAAUUGCGCAACAUGAUUUACGACACCAUCGCCUCAGACACCGAACAACUAGUCAUCCGAAACGGCAAAAUUGUCGACCACCCUCUAGCACAAGUCAACAGACAAAUCCGGGAAGAAUUUGGCCCGAUCUUUCUCGGGACUUUCUCAUUAUCGUCAAACAGUAACGCGUCAACAAAGCGUUUCACUCCCGACAAGAUUAUUUGGCAACUCCAAAACUUCAAUUUUGCCGAAUCAAUUCAAGUCCUCGAACGCUGCCUCGUAACUCCAACCACAAAAUUUGAUAUCCAGGUCAGAGUAACGAAACAGCUACAUCGAGACGACUGGAAGAAGUUGUGGCCAUGGGUACAAUUUUGCGACACGUUGAUGCCGAAAGCGGAAUUCCAAGGGAAGACUUUGGCCACGAAAUAUGAGGUGACGUUGGAAUGUAAGGCUUGUAAUCCUUAUGCGGCGAGUCAUGAGUUGUAUGUGGAGACAUUACCGUAUAUUCUCAAAGGAGCUGGAGGGCCGCAUGGGAUGUUUUCGGGAUAUGAGGAGAUUGCGAAGAUUCGAUACGCAUUGAAAGAUGCGGGGAGUAAGAUGGCUUAAUGGGAAAUUUCAGCUUGCCUGGUUUGACAGGAUGAGCGAGGUUUAGCCCAUGGGUGGCACGCCUGCAACGGUUUUCGUUCCGAUCGCGACGGUGAAGGGCGAGAAACGAUCAGAAUUGGAUGGAAGACACAUAAUAUGGGAGUCACGCGGCCGAAAAACAGCACGCCACGCAAGACUUGGCAGAAUCCGUUCGAGGGAUCACCAGGAAGUCUGCUACGAGCGUGACUUGAUCAGAAAGUAGCCAAGUGACUGCUAAACGUGCCCAGGUAACAGCUCAGCGGCUCAAUCUGCUGCGAGGCUCCGCCGAUUUCACAGAAACAUAAGCUUAAUUUAAUGGAACUUCUAAUAGAAACUCUCACGUCAAA